AUGGCCCAACAAAACUUUCCAGCUCAAGGCCGCGUCCUUCAACAGCUGACAUUGGGUCAAGUGCUUGAACGCUGGAAUCCUCUUCAAUUCGUCGCACGUCUUCCACUAGACCACAUUGACGAGCCUGAUCGGGAAAUCAGCUUCUACGUUCCGCCGGAUCCAGUCGCGAAUGCUGCCGAAGAAGAACCAACCGUCGAUGAGCCUGGAAUGCAGCCUGUUCAGAAUCCGAUUCAGCCAGUAGAAGAGGUAGCUCAGGCGGUUCCGGAGAUGAUCCAAUUGGUCCAGCAUGAAUACCGAAUGCUUCAAUCGCAGCUGGCUCAGCAGGCGCACUUCAUCAACCAAAUCCAAGCGUUCCAGCAGGCACAGCUCGCCCAGCAGGCGCAGUCAAUCCAGCUCGCUCAUCAAAUCCAGCGCGACUUGCUGACACAACAGGCCUCGCUCAUCCAGCAAGCGUUCAUUGCUGAAAACGCUCUGCUCGAGAUGCAGCAGCUGCAAGUUCAACAGGAAGCCCAGCCGAUUCCAGUCGACCCAAUCGUGCCCAUCGAUCACUGA